CAGUCGACACUCGACAGUUCUCAAAUUUAUUGUGAAGCUUCAGCUUUGUAUAGUGUUUUACAAAUUUAUGAAGUUUUGAAUGAGAAAUAAUCGAAGUACCUAAUAAUGGGUGCCAUAUCUAAAUUAAGAAUGCUAAUUUAAUCGUCGAAAUCACAAAUGGCUGCGGAGACUUUUCUAAAAACGAGCAAGUAUUCGAAGUAUACAUCGUAUAGGAACAUUCUGUAUCAUAGGUUCUUCGUCGGCCUGCUAUUGUUUAUUGUAGUAUCUCUAGUGUUGAUCGUUGUGUGUAAUAUAUUCACGGGCAGUACGCCUCGAGGUGAUUUCCACGAAUCCAUAAAUCUGGAUGCAUCGAGUUUACCAGUUCGGACGCUUAUAAGUGAAUCUCGGACGUCGUCUCCGCGCGUUACAAACUGCACUUAUUGGAGUUGUUUUAACGUAUAUAAAUGUGGGAGAGGAGGUCACGAUAAGAUAACGAUAUACAUCUAUCCGCUUAAGGAUUACAGGACGGAUGAUGAAAAAGCAAUAUCAAAGUUUUCUAGAGAGUUUUACGAGAUUUUAAAUACAAUUAAAAAUAGUAAAUAUUAUACGCCUAAUCCAGAUGAUGCCUGUUUAUUAGUGCCUAGUAUUGAUACAUUAAAUCAAAAUAGUUUUUCCAGCAAAUAUGUCGCGCAAGCUUUACAGUCACUUGAACACUGGAAUAAUGGUGAAAAUCAUCUUAUAUUUAACAUGGUGGCAGGUGUUGCACCAAACUACAAUACGGUUAUCGACCUCAACACUAGUAAAGCAAUUAUAGCAGGAGCUGGGUUUGAUACAUGGACUUUUAGAUAUGGUUUUGACAUAUCAUUGCCGCUUUACAGCCCUACAGCACAAAAAAUUAACAAUUCUCAACCGAAACAGAAGAAUUACAUGAUUAUAUCAACGCAACUCAACAUACCAGAAGAUUAUCUAGCGGAGUUGCAAAGUGUAGCGUCAUCCUCAAAUGACUUAUUAUUACUUGAUAGAUGUAAGACGGCAUCUGGCAAAACAGAUUAUAUGAAACGUUGUGAAUAUACAACGGGUAAAGUAUUUGAUUACCCAGAUAUUUUGAAAGAAGGUAUGUUUUGCCUGGUAGUGCGUAGCGCAAGAUUAGCUCAACCGGUGCUGAUGGAUAUCAUCGCAUCUCAGUGUAUCCCAAUUGUAAUAGCUGAUACGAUAGUCAUGCCGUUUAAUUCUCACGUAGACUGGAAUAAAAUUGCAUUAUUUGUGCCCGAAGAGAAUAUAAAGAAUAUGUUGAAAAUUGUACAUUCAGUCAGCAAGGAGAGGCGAGGGGAAUUAUAUUGGCAGUUGAGAUGGGUGUAUGACAGAUACUUCUCUAGCAUAGAACGAAUAACAUCGACAAUGUUAGAAAUUAUAAAUGAGAAAGUAUUUCCAUUAGCAGCUAGAAUGUAUGAAGACUGGAACAUGCCGGAACAUUUGUACGGUCCAGUCAACCCUCUGUUCCUGCCGGUGACCGCGCCCAAGUCGCCAGGAUUCACUGCUGUUAUAUUGACGUAUGACCGAGUGGACAGCCUGUUCACACUCGUCAGGAAACUCGUCCGGACGCCGAGCCUCGCAAAGAUCCUCGUGGUAUGGAAUAAUCAGAAAAAACAACCACCCCCAUCAUCUGAGUGGCCAGUAGUAAAUAAGCCGUUGAAAGUGAUACAGACCAAAGAGAAUAAGUUGUCAAACAGAUUUUUUCCAUACGACGAGAUUGAAACGGAAUGUCAACUGACGAUUGAUGAUGACAUCGUUAUGUUGACGCCUGAUGAGUUGGAAUUUGGGUUUGACGUGUGGCGGGAGUUCCCCGACAGAAUAGUGGGUUUCCCCUCACGUUUGCACGUGUGGGACAACGUCACUAGCUCCUGGAGGUACCAUAGUGAAUGGACGAAUCAAAUAUCAAUGGUGCUAACCGGCGCCGCCUUCCACCACAAGAUCUGGUCGUGGUAUUACACGUAUAAGAUGCCCGCCGAGAUCCGCUCGUGGGUUGACGACAACUUCAACUGCGAGGACAUCGCCAUGAACUUUCUAGUUGCUAACGUAACUAGGAAACCUCCGAUAAAGGUGACACCGAGAAAGAAAUUCAAAUGUCCCGAGUGCACGAACACCGAAAUGCUGUCGGCCGACGCUCGGCACAUGUCGCAGCGCUCGGCCUGCGUCGACCGCUUCAGCCGCGUCUACGGCCACAUGGCGCUCAAGGCCGUCGAGUUCCGCGCCGACCCGCUGCAGUACCGCGAGGCGGCCGGCGUGCCGCACGCCUACCCCGACAUCGGCGCGCUGUGAGCUCGGGGACGCCGAGCCCCGGACGCGUCGACGCGAUUCAAACUUGGAACCUUCGAACUGCGCGAGCUCCCGAGCGGCCCGACACUGUUUCGUCGAUUGUAUUUUUCAAAUUUGGAAUUGCGUUCGGAUUCUGAUUCGAGUUUGUUAUCUGUAGUAGUCGGCGCCCGUCGGCGCGCCGUGGGCGCCUAAAUUCGAACAGUCUUUGUGUAAUGGAGGGAAUUUUGUUAUAUUAGGUCGAGUUCUGCACGGAUUUGAAGAGGGCUUGUGGUGAGGGCCUGAGGCUUCGGGCUCUCUUUCUUAUCGUAUAAUUUGGAUUAUUAAGAAAUAUGUGUUGUAUUGUUGUUGUUUUCAAUAUUUAAUUUUGAUGAGAAAUGUGUUCAUCGGUUAAUAGUUUAAAUAUUUCAUUGAGCUGAACAAAAAUACUCUAGUUAUUUUUUUAUAAAUAAAAGAGAGUUUAUUAGAAGUGGCACUAACAGUUCGAGCUGUUACUGUAGUUGGUUCUAUAAAUCCAUGGACUUUAAAAUAUGAUUGAAUAUUCAUUCAAUUGCAUUUACAACUUGAAAGAUAAUUUUUGAGAUAUAAUAACAAAUGAAUCAUAAAUUUAUUUCUUUAACGAUUCGUUUCUUCAUUACACAAACCACCUUCGAUAAACUUUUAUUAGUAUAUUUUUUUGAUAAGAGAGCCCUGUAUGGUAGGUUUUUGAGGAUCGGACAAUAAAUUUUCAUAAAAAUAAUUGAAGGCUGUAAGAAAAGUAAAAACGGGAAUCGUCCCCCCAGUACCAGGGUAUGUAGAUUUAACUGCCAAUUAGGAUUAUUUUCCUUAAAAAUAUUUAUUUCCAAUGCUAUUCGAGUGUAUGAGGAUUUCACUAUUGUUAUCUGUGUAAUUUUAAAUCUGUGCCAUGUCAACGUCAUUUUAUGAACAAACUUUACUUAAUGGCAGCUUCAUCUGUUUAAAUUAAGGUUGUUUUAAGAAAUUAAAAGUAUUUUUUUUUUAAAUAAUAUAAUUUUAUCAACAUUUGCGUUGUGAUGUUAUCAUAAUA